UUUUACCCUUUUCCCAUCUUAUAAAAACCUCCUCUCCUCAAGCUUUCCUCCACCUCAAAAACACCAAUUUCUUCCACCUGAUCCCCCACCUGAAAGCCCAAUUCCAAAUUCACUCAAAAAAGUUUAAAGCCAUGCAAUCCAUUGAUGUUUCAGAACUUCAUUAUCUAGUUCCUUCACAUCCAAAUCCAUAUCCGUCUCAUUUUAGUUUGACCCAGAACAACACACCUGCAUUUCAGCUUAGCAGAUCCUCUAAUCCUUUAUAUCAUCUUCAGAUCAAUCCUCAAGUUCAAGAAUUUAACCUACGGUCGACAUGUUUCAGCAGUAACUCAACUUCAGAUGAAGCAGAUGAACAACAAAUAAGUCUCAUCAAUGAGAGGAAGCAGAGGAGAAUGAUAUCUAAUAGAGAGUCAGCACGUCGAUCGCGUAUGCGCAAGCAGAAGCACCUGGAUGAGCUCUGGUCACAGGUUGUUUGGCUCCGAAAUGAGAAUCACCAACUCAUGGAUAAGUUAAACCAUGUUUCGGAAUCCCGAGACAAGGCCCUUAAAGAGAAUGCUCAGCUCAAAGAAGCAGCUUCAGAACUUCGUCAGAUGAUCGCCGACAUGAAUAUCAAUAGUCCUGAUCCUACGAGUUCUGCAGGUCUUCUUCCUUGAGAUGAAGACCGUGAUUUUAUUUCUCCAUUAUCCCUUUUCUAAGUCCAUCCAUAAUUUCUAUUGUUCUAAUAUGCAAUAGAUUGAGUGAAGAAAAAUGGAAUAACAUCUUUGCUCAUUUCAUUCUUA